AGCGUCUUGCGAAACUUCUCGGAGUAAUCUGUUGAGUAGCUACCGAACUUCACCUGCAAUUCUCUUGGAUUGGACUCGUUAGUAGGACUAUCGAAAUUUACAAUUCAGGAAAUUGACAAAAUAAUUAAAGCAGGUGACUGUUGUUUUUACACGACGCACACAUUGACCCAUGUACAAUAUGAACAUGAAUAGGCUUUAUUGAAGUUCGAGAAGCUUUGAUUUCCUUAUAGAAGAACAUGCGACAAAAACUGAAGACGAAUUUGACGUGGUUUUUGAUUGGCAUAGUUAGAUACGCCGUGAAAAGGGAAGUUCUAACCGAGUGAGAAAAACCAUGGACCAGCAAACAUUAAAGUUUUAACAACAUUGAACUGAGACAUAUUUCUUCAACUCAAAUACCUCAAGCUGAGAAAUUUCCCCAGCUUUAAGUUCACUGUGAAAACUGUAAAAUAUUUUUGAGAGAUGCUGCAACAAAUUUUGACUGACAUGUUCAUCGACCCUGAUCUCCUGGCUGAGUUGAACGAAGAGCAGAAGCAAGUUUUGUUCAUCAAGAUGAGAGAGGAGCAAGUCCGCCGGUGGAAGGAGAGAGAAGCAAGACUAGAAAAGGAGGAAAACAGAACGAAGAAACCUAAGACAGUCACAUCCAAGAGUGUGACGUGGUUGACAGGAAUGGACAGUGACGUGUGGGUAUGGGUGAUGGGGGAGCACCAUGCCGACAAGCCCUACGUCCAGAUUUGUAAUGAUGCUUUGGCCGAGAAGGCAGCCCAGCAGGCUCAGCAAGAGGCAGAUGAGCUUAGAUUGAAGAAGGAAGCAGAGCUGGUGAAGAGGUUCUCUGGUAUGUUGCCAGACCCUGGGCUGCUGUCUUGGAGGGAGGAGGAGCAACGUGAGCAUGUCAGACGGGAAGCAGCAGCUCAGGAACAGACACAGCUGCAGGAAGAGCUCAAGAAAAGAGAGUCAGAAGAGAGGAGGAUGGCUGAGGAGGAGGUGAGAAGGUUGGAGGAGAAGCGGAAGCAGCAGAUCUACAUGGACCUGAGGAAAGUGAAGGAAGAGAGGGAUGACAAGGACUGGCAGGAGACAUUGCGGAAGUCCAAAGCAGCAGACCUGCAUCGGCGAUCCAUUGCCAAGCAGACCCGUGAUGAUCACCGUAGGAGAUCGGUGAAGGCUCUAGAGCGAGGUCGAGUAGCUGCAACUGCCAAGGCCUUCGGAGGGGAGAAGCUGACCCUUCUGCCUAGACCCAAACCAAGGAACCUCACUCUUACUAGUGAUACCCUUAAUUUGAAGAAGGGUGUGCCACGGACUCUUUCCACCUCCGGGAGAGAGCACAUCAUCCAAUGGUUCCAGGAGGAGCAGCUGCCUCUUCGAGCAGGUUUUGAAAAGGAUCAGAGUCGUAUAGCUCCUUGGUUCCAUGGAAUUAUUUCACGGGAGGAUGCAGAGAACCUACUGACCGAAGGGACACCGGGCUAUUUCCUGGUUCGGGUCAGUGAGAGGAUUUUGGGAUAUGUACUCUCCUACCGAUGUAAAGAUGCAGUUAAGCACUUCCUCAUUGAUGCCACAGACGGAUGCUAUACACUACUUGGGGACCAGUUACACUUCUCAUCAUUGGCAGAGCUUGUCGAGUACCAUGAGGGAGAGCCAAUUACCAUGUCAGGAGGGGAGCAACUGAUUCACCCAUGUGGACAGAAGGCCGGCAGUGUGGACUACACUGAUCUCUUCUCCUGAACCAUAGAGCACUGCCUCCUACCAUACCCAUCUGGGACAUGAAACAACAUAGGGAACAAAGUAUCUAAAUCCUUUAAAGUGGUUGCUUUCAUUUAUUUCCAUUUUGGCACAAAUGUGUAAAAAGCUGGAUCAGUUCAAACAUAUUUCUUAUGGGAAGCCGCUACAUGGUAGCACAUUUUCAGAUCAGUUCAGAUGACAAAAUGGGAAGGAAGCCACUGUAGGCUAUUUAUCUUAACUGCUUCUGUGGCAGACACAUUCUCUAGCCAAUCCCAUCCAAUAGAAACACAGUUUUUCCUCACUGCCAAACCACAAAUUAUCUUCCUCUUGCACUGUAUAAAGAUGCUCAGUCCAGCCCCCCCCUCCUCUCCUUAAACAUUACUUAGCAGCAUGUAUUACAAUUUCAUGCAUUAUAUUGACAAAUUUCCUGCAAUGAUAAUGUUAAAGUUAUCUCAAAACAGUAAUAGUUGCUGGUUUUGAGACUUGAAUAAAUUCCAGACUUUGAAUUACCCCACUAGUCUGUUAUAUUUUGUGGCCUUAAAAGGAGUCUUACAUAUGAACAUCAACAGAAUUAUUAUUUUUCUCUAUUUCUUGCAUUUUCCAAGCAUAAAUGUACAUGUAGAAUACAAUGCCUGCAGAGCAAUACAUUUACAUUUACAACAUAAAAAAUUUGCUUUGGGAUGUAUCAGUCUGGGAGUCUGUUGGCUGAGGGAAUCGGGCUAGUAAUCCGAAGGUUGCCAGUUUGAUUCCCGGUCAUGCCAACUAACGUUGUGUCCUUGGGCAAGGCACUUCACCCAACUCGGGGGAAUGUCCCUGUACUUACUGUAAGUCGCUCUGGAUAAGAGCGUCUGCUAAAUGACUAAAUGUAAUGUAUCACCAUGUAAAUCAGCAACUCCAGCAAUGAAAAAAAUGUAUGGUGUAAGUAAAUUGUGCAUUGCAAGAAGUGUAUUGAACGCUGGAAUAGAAUGACUAGGAGCUUCUGUCCCUACCACUCAUCUAGUGUUAAAUCAGUUCACCACCAAUACCUCAACCAUGUGGAGGUAUGCUGUAUUAUUUGAUCCAGCAUGUAACAAUCCCUUAGGACAAUUAUACAAACACAUACACCGAAGGCCCAAAGAAAAUUCACUAAUGAUAAACUCAUCAUUUAGAUAAAGUCUGACUGUUUACAUUCACUUACCCAAUCCUUUUUUCCAUGCUUGUAACUGUUACAGUAUAUAACACCAUCAGCAUUUAUUGCAUUGCAUUUACAAACAAAACAAUCAGAAACUAAUUUUAAGAUACUGGUAUUCUAAAUAUAGCAAAAUGUCCACAACUUCACUAAAGUAUAGUUGGUGCUUGGUAACGUUUGAAAGGACUGUAUGUGUACAGGAUAGACAAGUUACAAAUACAAUCCAAACAACAUGACUCAAUACUCAGCAUUGUACGUAUGCAUCACAUUUAUUUUUGAAUUAUUUAGCUGUAAGAGAAUGUACACUUGACACAUGAUUCAGCUUCAGUCUACAUUUUGCUUGAAUUGGGGAGAAUUCUUUUUCUUCUAGUUUUCUAGAACACCCAGUAACCACUAGUCACUAGUGUUUCUGUGAUUACACAGGAAUCCUAACAGUGGCAUGAAGCUUGGUCAUAAGUGCAAGCAACUACAAAACCCAGAGAUGCAGCAGGGUGAGAAGUUAGUCAAAUCUAAAUAAGUGAAACUAAAUGGUUUUGGGAUUGAGAGUUUCAAUGUAUAAAAGAGUGACUUUGCUAUAGUUCUCUCAAAUCUAGAAUCAAAUAUGGUAAAUAACCUCUCCAUAUCAUCUCUAUAUCAGGCCUACACCUGAGCAUAGCUGUGCAAACUGGCAGUUUUAACCAAUUGCAGAUAAAUAAAAAUCUUGCUCAAGGUUUUGGGAACGUUUGUAUUGGCUGUAAAUAUGUAUGAAGAAA